AUCUAUAACUAUUUUACUUUUAUACCUUUGUAUUAAAUAAAUGUAGAAAUAUAUUAUAUCUGGCCAAUUUUCAUAAUAUCCUGAGUCCACCAAAUAUGUCAAAAAAAGUUACAAAAGUCACUCACAUGUGGCUACUGUCUAUUUCUUGUGACUAAGCCCCACCAACUUCCACACUCAUAUAUGAAAUGAAUUCCUCUACUUAUCACAUGAUAUUGUCCCUUGCUUAAAACUUCAUGGCCAACAUUCUCUGCUGCUUUUUUGUACUGUAUACAUUCUUAUGUCAAACAUUAACAGGAGCUUACAACUCCGGGUUCAGUGUUCAACUAAUCCGCCACAACUCACCAAAUUCUCCCUCCUACAAAUCAGAUGAACUUCAUAUGCAUAGACUUGGCUCAUUUUACCAAGUUCCCAACAAAUCAUAUGCCCCAAAUGGUCCCUUCACUAGAGUCACAUCCAACAAUGGUGACUAUCUCAUGAAGCUCACAUUGGGAACACCACCAGUGGAUGUAUAUGGUUUGGUUGAUACAGGCAGCGAUCUCGUGUGGGCACAAUGUACACCUUGCCAAGGUUGCUAUAAGCAAAAAAGUCCAAUGUUUGAACCUCUAAGAUCCAAAACAUACACCCCUGUUCCAUGCAAUUCAGAAGAGUGUAAUUCACUCUUUGGUCAUUCGUGCUCUCCUCAAAAACUGUGUGCAUAUAGUUAUUCUUAUGCUGAUUCUUCAGUAACAAAAGGGGUGCUUGCAAGGGAAACUAUAACAUUCAGUUCCACCGAUGAAGAAUCAGUUGUUGUUGGAGACAUUAUAUUUGGAUGUGGACACAGUAACUCCGGAAUUUUCAAUGAAAACGACAUGGGGAUCAUUGGUCUUGGUGGGGGACCUUUGUCACUUGUUUCACAAAUUGGUAGCCUUUAUGGAAGUAGAAGGUUUUCUCAGUGCCUGGUUCCUUUUCAUGCAGACCCUCAGACUUCAGGUACUAUUAGUUUUGGUGAUGCCAGUGAUGUUUCUGGUGAAGGAGUAGUCACAACUCCUUUGGUAUAUGAGGAAGGUCAAUCCUCUUAUCUGGUCACACUAGAAGGCAUAAGCGUUGGAGACAUAUUUGUGCCCUUUAAUUCUUCAGAAAUGCUUGCCAAGGGAAAUAUAAUGAUUGAUUCAGGUACACCAGCAACAUAUUUACCACAAGAACUUUAUGACCGUCUGGUGGAGGAAUUGAAGGUGCAGAGUAGUCUGUUACCCAUUGAUGAUGACCCAGACUUGGACACACAACUUUGCUAUAGAAGUGAGACAAACUUAGAAGGACCACCCUUGAUAGCUCAUUUUGAAGGGGCAGAUGUGCCAUUGAUGUCAAUACAAACCUUCAUCGCACCAAAGGAUGGAGUAUUUUGCUUUGCAAUGGCUAGCACUACUGACGGAGAAUAUAUAUUUGGCAAUUUUGCUCAAUCAAACAUUCUGAUUGGAUUUGAUUUAGAUGAAAAGUUAGUUUCUUUUAAGCCAACUGAUUGUGCUAAUCAGUAGCCCAUCAUCUUCUUGUAAACAUCUAUCUAUGAUUUAAGGUUAGAUCAAGAACAUAUUUGGAGAUGUAACAUCUUUAGUAGAAUAUUAUUAUGCGUGUAAUAUUGAAUCUGCAAUGUUUUCUCUGAAUAUUUCUUUUUUCUUUUUCCUUUCGUAAAAGUAUAACCCCUCAGAAGAAUAAGUUUAAAAUAUACUAAGCAUACUGACGUAGUGGUCAAGCAUUUGAACACAUAUUCCACCUAAUUCAUUUGCUUGGUUAGCCAAAGUAUCAAUAUGAAACUUACUGGUCGAGGGAGUCUUUUAUAUGUGUGGCUUUCAUACAAGCAAGCAAGAAUGAGCAAACAAAAUUCACUCUCCACAUAAUUACCCUUAAUAUUUUGAUAUAUAAGGGAUGAUCAACAUUAAAAAUUUUAGUGAUCACAUAUUUCAAAGAAUCACGUACCUUUUUUUUGAGUAAAUCCUAGUUAUUCCAAAGUAAUUUGAUGGUAUAUACUUUUUGUUUUCAUUUAUCAUGACAACAAUAAUUUCUACUUGCU